CCGCGGGCCGGGCCCGACAAAGUGCUGGCGAGCUGCGACGUGACCUGUCGGCCGCGUGGGUGCCCGAGCGAGCUAACGAGGUAGCUGGCGAAGGACGCGACCUGGACCCUGGGCCUUGCGGGACUCCAGCCGUGUCACGUACACGCUUGGCGGCGCGAACCGCGCAUAACGAUACUUGGAUUUGAACUGCAUUUUGGAAUUCAUCUACACUUAAAAUGCCACCAGCAGUUGGAGGUCCAGUUGGAUACACUCCCCCAGAUGGAGGCUGGGGGUGGGCAGUAGUAGUUGGAGCUUUCAUUUCCAUCGGCUUCUCUUAUGCAUUUCCCAAAUCCAUUACUGUGUUCUUCAAAGAAAUUGAAGGCAUAUUCAAUGCCACCACCAGUGAAGUAUCAUGGAUAUCCUCAAUCAUGUUGGCUGUCAUGUAUGGUGGAGGUCCGAUCAGCAGUAUUCUGGUGAAUAAAUAUGGCAGUCGUCCAAUCAUGAUUGUUGGUGGCUGCUUGUCAGGCUGUGGCUUGAUAGCGGCUUCGUUCUGUAAUACUGUUAAGGAACUUUACUUGAGUGUUGGAGUCAUUGGAGGUCUUGGGCUUGCCUUCAACUUGAAUCCCGCUCUGACCAUGAUUGGCAAGUAUUUCUACAAGAGGCGACCUUUGGCAAAUGGACUGGCCAUGGCCGGCAGCCCUGUGUUCCUCUCCACCCUGGCCCCCCUCAAUCAGGCUUUCUUUGGUAUCUUUGGCUGGAGAGGGAGCUUCCUAAUUCUCGGGGGCCUCCUCCUAAACUGCUGUGUGGCUGGAGCUCUGAUGCGACCAAUAGGGCCCCCAGCGACAAAUGUGGGGAAAAGGUCCAAAGAAUCCCUUCAGGAACCUGGGAAAUCUGAAGAGAAAAAGGGGUCAAGUGAUGCAAAUACAGAUCUUAUUGGAGGAAACCACAAAGAAGAGAAACGGUCAAUUUUCCAAACAGUUAAUAAAUUCCUGGAUUUAUCUCUGUUCACACACAGAGGCUUUUUGCUAUACCUGUCCGGAAAUGUGCUCAUGUUUUUUGGACUUUUUACCCCUUUAGUCUUUCUUAGUAAUUAUGGCAAGAGUCAACAUUACUCUAGUGAGAAGUCUGCCUUCCUUCUUUCCAUUCUGGCUUUUGUUGACAUGGUAGCUAGACCUUCUAUGGGACUUGUAGCCAACACCAAGUGGAUAAGACCUCGAGUUCAGUAUUUUUUUGCGGCUUCUAUUGUUGCAAACGGAGUGUGUCAUCUGCUAGCGCCUUUAUCCUCCAGCUACAUUGGGUUCUGUGUCUAUGCUGGAUUCUUUGGAUUUGCAUUUGGGUGGCUCAGCUCCGUGUUGUUUGAAACCCUGAUGGACCUCGUUGGACCCCAGAGGUUCUCCAGCGCCGUGGGAUUGGUGACCAUUGUGGAAUGCUGUCCUGUCCUCCUGGGGCCACCACUUUUAGGUAGUCUGAAUGACAUCUAUGGAGACUACAAAUACACCUACUGGUCAUGUGGUGUGAUCCUUAUUGUAGCAGGCGUCUAUCUCUUCAUUGGCAUGGGCAUCAAUUACCGACUUGUGGCGAAAGAGCAAAAAGCAGAGGAGCAGCAGAAAAAGGAGAGCAAAGAGGAGGAGACAAGUGUGGAUGCUGCUGAGAAUCCAAAACAAUAUGCAGCAGAAUCUGCAGAGCAGAAGGACACAGAAGGAAGUCCCAAAGAGGAGGAGAGUCCAGUCUAAACCUGUGCGGCCCAAGGGUCAAUGAAGUAGCUGUGACCCAAGAUACCUGAAAAUAUCUACUGGCCUGUAUUCCAGCAGUGGUGCUCAAUGACGAUAGUGGGCAUAUGUGUGUGAAUCAUACCAGGUGUUCAUGGAUGGAAUUUUUGUUUCACUCCUUACCAGUAGCCUGAAUUAAAAAUGCCAUACCUUUGGGGAGGGAGUGGUUGGCAAAGAAUGAGAGAAGGCAGUAGUGUGGUGGUUUUUUGUUUGUGUGUUUGUUUGUUUAAAUCCUAGCUUUUAACAGUGUCCAGAAGAUUAUAAUAUGUGCCUUAAGUUUUAGUCUUUAGAACUCUUUAGGGAGCCUUAACUUUUUAAACCAUUCUGCUGAAUUCAUCUAUUUUAAGUGUUACAUUAUAAGGAAAAAUAACAACUAACGUGUUUGAGACAAAUCUAAAAUUUAAAAUUAAUCUUGCUUCAUUGUUAUUUGUAAUACACUGUCAGACAUCAUCACUGGAAGAUUUAUGAAUAGAAGUAUUGGUUGGAAGUUGGGAUAUUAUAAAAUCCUGUCUAAAAUAUUUUCCCCGUAUCAGUAGUUGCCUGGCAUAGUGCCUGCUAGCUAUAUAUUUAGGAAAUUUAAGGCGUAAAACUUUGGAAACAUCUUGGCUGUUCUAGAUACAUUGUACUCAACAGCAUCCCUCUGGAAUCUUUUCUUAGGAUGCUAAUAUUAUUAGUGCUUGAGAAUUUAUUUCAUUAAAUUACUGUUUUCCCUUUUCAAAGACACAUUUUGAGUGGUUAUAGACCAUUGCCCCCUUUGAAAUUACUUAGUACUUUUCACUCUAAAAGUUAAUUUUAAAAUAUGCAAAACUAUGUAUUUGUGCCUCCUUAGUAAACACAUCUAAUUAAAUGUAGACAGAUAUUUCAAAUAGCAGCUGAAUUUAGCUUCAGUUUUACCAAAACCUUAGUUAAACUGUGAGACUUGGAAUUUUUUGUUGGUGGUGGUGUUCCUGGAAUUUUCCCCCCAUUGAUUCGUAGUGGUUCCAUUUAUAUCUGCGUCUAGCUUAGAGCUGUGUGUGAGAUACUCAGUCUUUGUGUGUUUAGGUUUUUUUUUUUUUUUUUUUAAUGUUUGCUAAUUAAAGCCAGAGUGAUUUGGCCCCAGGCAAACCAGUAAGAGUAAGAAAGGGAGAGAAGUUGCUCUGUUUCUUUUACUGAGAAGGCCUGGAAAAAAAAUUAUGUUUUGCUUAUAAUUAUUAGACACAGUCUUACUACUCCACAGAAACCUAAAGAUAUUGUGACCCUUUUUACUUACUUGAAAAGCAGAGAAAUGAGUUUAGCAUAAGGAUUGGGAGGAUGGACCAGAAUGAAAUCUGUAAAUAUUUUCUAACCUAGUAUCUUCGAAAAUGCACACGAAGAUGAUAGACACUCAAUAAAUCAUACCUAGUGCAUUUUAAAGUAUUGUAAUUGACACAGUGAAAGUAUAGGUACAAAACCUUUUGUGUAAGAGGCUGGCUUUUCCAAAUAAACUUUUUUUUUUUCUUUUUUUUUUUAAGAAAUCUUUCUCCCUCUAAAUGUUUAUUUUCUUGAGAAAGUAUUACUGUGUCUUCAUUUUCAUUAUCAAGAUCCAGUUUGGCCCUUACUAAUAUUAAAUCAUUCAGCUUAUGUGCUGUGGGAGCUGUGUAUAUGGCUUAUUUUUUUUUUUCUUCUUUCCUCCUUUUCUUUAAGGCAGGGAAGAGGGGAAUUUUGAAAUCACCUCUCUGAAAGCAUCCAAAGCAGUUAACCUUAAGGACACAAUGAAAAUUCCCUUUCUAUGCCUGAGUGUCAUGGCAGAUGGAGAAGGAAUUUUAGGGGAGAAGCCUGCUGUGAUUGUUGGCAGGCUUGGCUCCAGUUGGGACUCUGCUGUUUUCCAUACACCUGAAUCCAUAACCUCUAUGUGCCUCUUUCCCCUUCCAUAAAAAUGAGGAUCACUGUCCAUGAGAAGGAAGUGGGAAGGGGUGGGGUGGAAGAGGAGGAGUACAGAAUUAUUUUCUCCUCUAAGGAAGAAAACUGCCUUUCUUUCUAGGUUCUUUGGAUGGCAUAAUAAUUGACAUAAGACAGAUAAGAUAGAAAAUUUUAAUUUCAUACAUACAGGAACUUCACAUAGACAUGUGAGGGUCAAAAACAGACAGGGGCGCCUGGGUGGCCCAGUGGGUUAAGCCUCUACCUUC